GGGCUCAAGUUUUACUGCAGUUCCGGCAACAAUUGCCGCCGAACUGUCAAGAGACUCAAGAGAGAAAAACAUGUCGUUAUAGCUAUAUGCGGUUGCAUAUCUUAUUUUUCGCGUUUACGCCUCCGAAAAAAUGGUUUUAAUACCAAAAGUGUUACGGACUUGUGGUUUAUUAUUGUGUAUAUUAGUAAACGUGCACGCUUUGGUAAAAACACCAACAAAACCAUGGAUAGUGUCGUUUAAAGUGGUAGAAAAAUCAUGCGUAGAAAACAAAUGUAAAUAUUUAUUAAAUGUGCGUGGUGGUGAGUUCUUGGGGCAUUAUUCGUGGAGAUUAACCCCUAGUGAAGGCUUGCGAGGCGGAAGCUGUGAUGUGAUUAGUUCUAAUUACGAAUUACGUAAAGUUCAGAGUGAAGAAUGGAGAACUGAGAUAGAAGUGACCGUUCCUGAUGUUGACGGGAAAAUAUACUUUUGCCUGCAUGAUUUGGAGGGGAAAUUUCGUCCGUUUGGUGGAGAAUGGGUGCACCAAGGCACCGAAUUGUAUUUAGAUCCCAGAAUCGACGAGGCGUCGCGCAUUGUCGCAAUAACCUCAACAGACCUCAACCAGCAAGUCCAACAGUGGGACCUUUCCCACGACACAGACAUCAACUCUCUCCCCAACACUCCCGCCAACGCAAAAGACGUCGAAAUCUUCAACAAAACCAAAAGCUUCGAAACAAACCUAAUUAGAAGAAAACGAGAUGUCAAAGACUUUACCAAUCAAAGGAUGAAAAGAAAUGUCAGCGUAGAUACUACGACGAAAGGAGUAGACAUUGACAUGGAUUUUUACAAUGUUAAAGCUGAUUGGGGUAAGAUAAAGAUAGACGGGUUGAGAGUGGAGGAAGCUGAUAAGGAUCCGAAGAUUGUGAAUGGGAUACCUAGUGUGCUUUCCGAUUCGAAAUUUACGUUGAGAUUAUUCGGACAAGGCUUCACCACGCGCACAGUGAUCGCGUUCACGGAGGAACCCCUGGAGUACGGCCAGCCUUGCAAGUUCCUCGUCAAAAACGGAGAGUACAUGGUUAUCCCAGAAUCCGUAGAGAAAGACCACGCCUCAGCCCUCUUCGAGGUGACCGCACCAGCUCACAUAACAGACGGUCACCUCUACAUCUGCGCCAAAAACCUCCGUCCAGGCAUCACCAGCCCGUCCAAAGACAAGGACAACCACUUCCACCAAGGCACGGAGUCUUGGAAGCGAGUGGCUAUCCACCAGAAGCUGUUACCGCUCUGGGUGACUUUGACGCUGGUUCUGAUAUGUCUGACGUUUUCGGCGCUGUUCUCCGGCCUGAACCUCGGGUUGAUGUCGCUCGAUCGCACGGAGCUGAAGAUCAUAUCCAACACUGGGACGGAGCAGGAAAGGAAGUACGCGAGAGCCAUAAUGCCGGUCCGUGACCAUGGAAACUACCUCCUCUGCUCCAUUCUACUCGGGAACGUGGCUGUCAACUCCACCUUCACCAUACUUCUCGACGAGCUGACUUCUGGACUCUUCGCUGUCAUCUUCUCCACGUUGGCUAUAGUGCUGCUUGGAGAGAUCACUCCUCAGGCCAUCUGCUCAAGGCAUGGGCUGAUGGUUGGGGCGAGAAGUAUCGUCAUUACUAAGGGUGUGAUGGCGCUGACCGCUCCCCUGGCGUACCCCGUGAGCAAGAUCCUGGACUACCUGCUGGGCGAAGAGAUCGGGAGCGUGUACAACCGCGAGCGGCUGAAGGAGCUCGUCAAGGUAACGACCGAGAUGAACGACCUCGACAGGGACGAGGUCAACAUCAUCUCCGGAGCCCUGGAGCUCCGCAAGAAGACGGUGUUCGAUGUGAUGACCAAGCUAGAAGAUGUUUUCAUGCUGCCCAUCACUUCGGUGCUGGAUUUUGAGACUAUGAGCGAAAUAGUCAAGUCUGGUUACUCCCGUAUCCCGGUAUACGAAGGCCACCGCGGCAACAUCGUGACGGUGCUCUUCAUCAAGGACCUGGCCUUCGUGGACCCCGACGACAACACGCCGCUGCGGACCCUCGCCCAGUACUACCAGAACCCCUGCAACUUCGUCUUUGAGGAUGUCACGCUUGAUGUCAUGUUCAAGCAGUUUAAAGACGGUCACAAAGGGCACAUGGCGUUUGUGCAUCGCAUCAACAACGAGGGCGAAGGCGACCCGUUCUACGAGACCGUCGGUCUGGUGACAUUAGAGGACGUCAUAGAAGAGAUGAUACAGUCGGAGAUCGUGGACGAGACUGACGUAUUUAUGGACAAUAGAACGAAACGCCGCCGCAACAAGCCAACCAACAAGCUUCAAGAUUUCGGCGCGUUCGCCGAACGGCACGAGAACCAGCGCACACACAUCUCGCCGCAACUCACAUUGGCCACCUUCCAGUUCCUGUCCUCCAGUGUGGAAGCGUUCCGUCCCGACACGGUAUCGGAGACGGUGCUCCGCCGUCUCCUGAAGCAGGACGUGAUACACCACAUCAAGCUAAAGGGCAAGAGUAAAAAGGACAGCAGUACAUACGUCUACCAGCAGGGGAAGCCCGUGGAUUAUUUCGUGCUAAUCCUAGAAGGUCGCGUCGAGGUGACAGUGGGCCGCGAGAACCUCGUAUUUGAAGCUGGACCCUUCACAUACUUUGGCGUCCAGGCCCUUACGCAAAACAUCGGUGUUGCCGAAUCUCCAACCCCAUCAGCCAUGGGCAGCCUCCAAAACAUCAAUAUGGACUCUAUGCUACGCCACACCUUCGUGCCCGACUACUCGGUCCGAGCAACAACCGAGUUGUUCUACCUGACAGUCAAGAGGGCACUUUACCUGGCCGCCAAACGAGCUACCUUAAUGGAGAAGGGUGCCUUGUCAAAGGGUGCCACGAAUGACCAGUUAGACAACGAAUUGGAUAAGUUGCUGCAGUCAGUUGAUGAGGAUAUAAGCAUCAGUGGAGAACACAAGACUCCGUCAAGACAGGUAUCCCCCAACCCCCUCCCCGUGUCCGCGUCCCCGCACACGCGCGCCUCCUUCGCCCCGCGCCCCGACGUGUGCUCCCCCGAGCGGAACGGCGACUACAUCGGCGCGCGAGACGAACAGGAGAAGCUACUCAAAUGACCGGAUUUUCAACCUUGUGACGAUAGCAGUAAGAGCGAUUUGGCUAUUGUUGUUACUUACGACCUUUAAUUAACCUUUUAACCGCCAUAGAAUUAUUCACUGAGCGUGCUCGUGUCACUGGCGGUUACACGAAGUUUUGUCUUAUUUAUCAGACCGCGGCGAAAUGAGGCCUAUUUUGUAUUUCUUAUAUAUCAGUCUACGGCGGUUAAAAGGUUAACGGAAAUUAACCUGGUAUACACCUCAGUAAGGGCUAUUGUUACUUUCGACAGUAAUACGAUCAUGUAAAGAAACUAGGGUAUUACCAAUUUCGCAACUAGUUCCGAAAUAGAUAACUCGUGUCUCGCUCUGACUGCUCUCUCGGACGGAACAGGAGAAGCUACUCAAAUGACCGGAUAUUCAACCUUGUAACGAUAGCAGUAAAAGCGACCUGGCCAUUGUUGUUACUUGCGACCUUUAAUUACUUAGCGAUAUUCAAACUUUC